AUGGCCAACGAACAAAAAUGGAAUUCAACUACCUCCAUCCUCUCCCUUCCGACCGAGGUGCUAUCGGAGGUGCUUGCACGUGUCGCAUCUUCUUCGUCGACUGAUCUUUUUAGCGCAAAACUAUGCUGUAAGUUGUUUAACGAGGUGUCCGACGCAGACACCAUAUACCAGCGGGUGUCACUGCAGAAGUUUGAAAUCGUCCCCUGGCACAAAAACGACAAAGUGUCCAGGUUCCUGAAGAAGUGCAGACAAUGCAAAAAAUUCAGAAGCGGUGUAUCGGAAAGGCGUGUGCCCCUGUUUGUCAGUGAAAAAGAUCAGACUUUGAACAUAGAAGAGAAUGCUUCUUAUUCUUGGUCAAAAAUUGUUGACUAUUUUUCGGACAAGCAUGUGGACUCUGCAUUGGAAUGCCUCGAAGAGGCUGCCAAUUCAGGCCACCCCGACGCUGCAUAUGCGUUGGGAAUCAUUUACAUCUUUGUUGGUACCGACGAGUUAAAGCGCAGAGGCAUCCGACUGCUGAGCGGGUUGAAGAAAUCCAGAUUCUUGCAAGGGGGAGUGAAACUUUGUCGUGACAAUUUGCGAGCGCUGCUGAGGAUGAUAUGGGUCAAGAAUCCUGUGUUUCUAAACCCAACGCCCAUUUGUUGUGCCAUGACACACGAGAGGAAAACAUCUUCAUGGCCUAUGGAUGCCGAUGACGUGGAGGAGAGUACAUGUGAAGGCUGCGCUUGCGAUGAAGAAAUUGGAGCAAUUUGUGCCGCCCUACCGAACCGUUAG